AUGGAGCAGUACCCAGAUCAGGGCUGUGAUGGCAUUGAACUGCUUGACUGGCUGUUUGAUCAAAAUGAUGGAAUCCUCCGUCAUGAAGAAACAGGACACCAUGGCAACCAGCACACCUGGCCGGUCCAGGACCCAAAUAUGCUACAGCCGCCUGAACAAGCAGACAAUGACUUCCUUAACGCCCUGCUGAGUGGAAGCGACUCGGUGUCAGGCUCGCCUCUCUGGUCACCUUCACAUAGUGACAGUGGGAUCAGUGAGGACCCGCCAUCAGACCAGAUGGACAGCCCACAGCGGCCCGAGAGCCCCCCUGGGGACACCCAUUACUUUGGUCCAGGGCAACAGACCAAGGCGGCCCUGGAGGCGAACGCAUCCAUUGGCAUCAAUGGCUGGGAGCCUGGCUUCUCAAGUGGCAGGACGAGGAUUACACAAUAUCCUUCUGAUGUGCAUAGACCACAGCUGUCUUCUGGUUUCCCUCUAACAGUCAAGGACCUGCUCCUGUCUGGCACACCGGAGCCACCCCCACAGCCUUCCCAACAGUCCAUUCAAGAGCUGAUUCUCAAUGAAGAUGAGAAGAAGUUGUUGGCGAAGGAGGGGGUGACUCUCCCCAGCCAACUACCUCUUACAAAGUACGAAGAAAGGAUCCUGAAGAAAAUACGCAGAAAAAUACGCAAUAAGCAGUCUGCCCAGGAGAGCCGAAAGAAGAAAAAGGAGUACAUAGACGGGCUGGAGAGCAGGAUGGCUGCCUGCAGUACACAUAACCAGGAGCUGCAAAGGAAGGUGUCUCAGCUGGAGAAAUGCAACAUGUCACUAAUGGAACAGUUACGCAGGCUCCAGGCUCUGGUCAUGAAUACGACAAACAAGCCAGCUCAGACUGGGACAUGUGUUCUGGUGCUCCUGCUAUCCUUUUCCCUAAUCCUGCUCCCCAGCCUCAAGCCCUUUUCUGACACCAAGGUCAGCCAAGGAGACUUCAGUCCAGUCAGAAUCCAGUCACGGUCCCUGGCGAACCUUCAGGCAUCCCGUGUGCUGCAUGUCACUGACCCCCAAUUCUCCAGUGAAGAUGAAUCAGAGUCGCUGCACCGGUAUUUCCCAGGAGACGUAAGCAUGGAAGAUAUUACCGCGCUGAUGGGGAAGCUUGGAGUCAACCAACAGCGGUCUGAAUUGGAAAACGUUUCUCUAAACAGCACUCGAGAAGACAGCCAUUUUCACGUGGACCCAAUUACUGGUCAUGUAGCUGCGGUGACUUUGGAUCCACACCGCCCUGCCAGGCUGCGGCCCCAUGCUGAUGACAUGUGAAAGAAAUGAGGAAAUUAUCCCUGCAGGAAUUCCACACAGCAUGCUCUUCCUAAUGGCAGAGUGGGGAAUUAUCUGUGGCUGCUGUUUACACAGACAGGGAAAUCUGAAUCAUUCCUGUUUUGCCCUUUCAUAUUUGUUAAGUCUCUAUGUCUUUUCCUUAUUUGUGAUACUGUUUUAUAUCAGCAUUAUAGAUUAGAAUCUUAAACUGAAAUUGCCUGUCAAGAUAAACUGUCUAUCUUUUUGCCUUCAGGCUUUGAUAAAAUGUAAGUGUAAAUUCAUGUGUUUGAGACUCAAAAAUUGGGUAAAAUGGAGCUUUGAUAACAUGUACACUUUUGAUCUCAGCAGACAAUUUGGGAGAUACCGAAGCAUUUAUUUUAAAAGCAUGUUUUCACUGAGGAAUUGAUUGGACCUGUUUAGAUUAAUUCAUGCAUAACGCUGCCUUUAAUAAAAGUU